AUGGAAGGGAGGCGCUUUGGAGCUUUGGAUGGAGGUUCAGCCUACUAUGACAACGUGCGUCCGUUAGCGUAUCCCGACGCAGACGCCGUGCUCAUCUGCUUUGACAUCAGCCGUCCGGAGACGCUGGACAGCGUGGUGAAAAAGUGGCAAGGCGAAAGACAAGAGUUCUGCCCGAAUGCCAAAGUGGUGCUGGUUGGCUGCAAACUGGACAUGAGGACGGACCUCAACGUCUUGAGAGAGCUGUCCAAACACAGGCUCAUUCCUGUCACCCACGAACAGGGCACUAACUUGGCGAGGCAGAUCGGAGCAGUGGCCUACGCGGAGUGCACCUCCAAGUACUCGGAGAACAGCGUCCGGGACGUUUUCCACGUCACCACCCUGGCCUCCGUGUCCAACAUCCAUCGGCCUCAGCUCAAACGCGCCGGCACGCGCUGCGGCCACAAGCGGAUCUCCCAGCAGCCUCCUCGGACUGAGAUUCACGAGCACCCGCCUGCCGUUAGAAAGGACCGAGCCAAAAGCUGUGCGCUCAUGUAGGACCAGAGCCUACACACAAACCUGAUCUCUGUGUGUGUGUGUGUGUGUGAGAUGGACAUGAACCUAAUUUAUUGGUGAGUUCUUGUACGACCGUUGCACUGCAUAAUGAACAGUAUGGCAAAAACAUGAACGAGUGCUGUCCCGUGGAGCUCUUUGAACAAUUCUUUCUCUCACGGCUCUGCUUGUAUUUUUUCUUUGUGGCUGUUGCUUUCAUCAGGGGAGACUGCUGCAGUGACUCUUUGAAAAGCUUUCACAUGAACAAGAGGACCAAAACUGGGAGGCUUGCGAAUGAAACGCAAGGACAGUGAGAUAAAACAAAAUAGAAAUAACAAUUUGAAAAACUCCAUUUUGCAGCAAGCAGAGGUUACAACGCCAGUUUUCACUUUGUGUUGUUUCAUGUAUGAAAUGCUGCUUUAUUCUCAAGCACAAUACCAUGCAAGGAAAGUUUUCUGAGAAGUCUGUAAAUAUCAGAAGGCGAGCGCUGCUGUUCAACCUCAUCUGAUAAACUGAAAUUCUGGACAAACCCCCCCAAAAAGAAGAAAAUUAAAGAAAUAAAAUAAAACUUGGACUUAAGAUACUAAUUUUCCUAAACCACAAGUGCUUUUAGUAUGAAAACUAAGAAAUCACUCACCACGUAUUACUGAAAUGUUGUGUAAUUGCUCUAGUUUUGAU